GUCGUUGAUUUCGAACGAUUUGCAGCAGUAAAAAUUCAUGAUUUUAGGAGUGAUGUGAGAAUCCCUCAUUUUUUUUUCUUUUUUUAUAUGUGAGACUUUUUAACGUUGGAUCAUGAUCGCUCGUUUCGGGAACGAAAUUUCGUGAGAUCCGGUUGAAAUUGGCUCCGAUGAUUUGUAAGUCUGGGAGAACGACGAAUCGUUUCCCAGGGGAAACGAUUAGUGUAAUUACUUGGGUACGAUCGUAUGACGGGUAGCAGGGCGCUAACGAAUUGACCUAUUGGCGACGAUUAUCGAUACCUUCCAACGACGCCGUCCUUUUUCGCAAUCGAGUGCGUAGUUGGUGACGCCGUUCAGUGUAACCUUCGAAUCGCUCGCGUAUAGUGGUCGAAAUGGUUGCCAUAUCUAUUUUUCACCUUUAUCUUCUAUACCGUCGAUCCGCGAUUGUCCGUCUCGUAACUUGAGAUCUAAUCGGUUCCUUGGAUGUGAAAUUCAAUUGGUUCUUUUCACCGAGAAAAUUAAAGGGGGGAAAGAAAAAAAUGAUCUCGACUCGCGUCACGGGGCGAAAAUUCGGAGGAUAUUUUGGGCUCGAUUAUUAUCGCGUCUCUCGUCGAUUGGGGAAGGUCGGGGUCGAAUGGAGGGAAGACGAGUCCUUCUUCCUUGAUUGGAUGCUUCCUCCCGGGUGGAAAAGGGGCGAGAAAAAUCCGAACUCGGUGGUGGGACCCCGGAGGCGAGAAUUAGAGGCCGAGCCAAUCUCGAGAGCCCGGUGUAUCGAUGUCGGGUGUCGAUAUCGAUCGGCCCGAUAUCGAGCCGCAGGCCGAACCUUACGACACGUGGAGCUACUCGUCUAGGAUUUAAUGGGACUAUGUCGAGAGAAAAUGGGGGAAAUAAAAAGAGCCGCGGACUUCCUAUCGCGCGGUCUCUCCGUCUUCCUUCUCGAGGAGAUGGCUUCACGGGGAUCGAAAUCGCGGAAAUUGGCCCGAAGCGAGCGACGUGAAAGACACCGACGUUUGACGGUAACAAUGGGUCUUACGGAGCUGACGGGGCGGGAUAAGAAAUUCAAGAGAAAUUACCACCGAAGUAACUUGGAAGAUUUGAGGAAAUCAGGGGUACGGAGACGAUUCCCGGGGAAAUGCUGGAGAGGGAGAAAACGCGAUUUUCACGAUUCUGGGAUCGCCACGAGGCGACCGGAUACGAAGUGCACGGUGAAUUAGGACUGUAAAAGUUAAUGUUUCCCCCGGAAGUGCGGAAUAGUAGCCCGAAACAAGCUACAAAUGGCAGCGGAAUUAAUACGCAGUCCUGGGAUUCCAAGUGCAUCGUUUGAACCAGCGAAUGGGACUUCUUCUCAUCUUGGAUUCCGGCAUGCAAAGUAAAAUGCAAACCUUCAGCAACCUCGCAUUCGGGAACGUUUUCAAGAAGAAGACGAACAAGGUAUCAGGGGGUCCGCCCAGCGGCAGCGCUCCGCCUCCGCCGCCGACGCUCAUCAACAAGAUCAAGUAUCAACCUGGCGGGCCCGUCAUCAAGAAGGACAAGAGGCAGAGCAGCUCGAGGUUCAACAUCUCCAAGAACAGGGAACUACAGAAACUGCCGCUCUUAACCGAAGCCCAGCAAGGCAACGAGAGGGAGGAACUCUUCAUUCAGAAGCUGCGACAGUGCUGCGUACUCUUCGAUUUCGAGUCUGAUCCCCUUUCGGACCUGAAAUGGAAGGAAGUAAAACGCGGGGCUCUUCAGGAGAUGGUCGAGUAUGUGACCAAAAACAAGAACGUCAUCACCGAAGCCAUUUAUCCCGAGGCGGUAAACAUGUUUGCUGUGAACCUGUUCCGCACGUUGCCGCCCUCGUCGAACCCGAACGGAGCGGAAUUCGACCCUGAAGAGGAUGAACCUACCCUGGAGGCGGCCUGGCCGCACUUGCAGCUCGUCUACGAGUUCUUCCUGCGCCUCCUGGAGUCGCAGGACUUCCAGCCUUCGGUGGCCAAGCGCUACAUCGACCACAAGUUCGUCUUUCAGCUCCUGGAGCUCUUCGACUCCGAAGAUCCCAGGGAGAGGGACUUCCUUAAGACCACGUUGCACAGGAUCUACGGGAAGUUCCUCGGCCUCAGGGCGUACAUCAGGAAGCAGAUCAAUAACGUUUUCUAUCGAUUUAUCUACGAGACCGAGCACCACAACGGCAUCGCCGAGCUGCUCGAGAUCCUCGGAAGUAUCAUUAACGGCUUCGCGCUACCUCUGAAGGACGAGCACAAGGUCUUUCUAUUGAAGGUGCUCCUGCCUUUGCACAAAGCAAAGUCCCUCUCCGUCUACCAUCCGCAGCUGGCGUACUGCGUGGUGCAAUUCCUGGAGAAGGAUCCCUCCCUGACCGAGCCCGUUAUCAGGAGUCUAUUGAAAUUCUGGCCGAAGACGCAUUCUCCUAAGGAAGUGAUGUUCCUCAACGAGAUGGAGGAGAUCCUCGACGUGGUCGAGCCGGCCGAGUUUCAGAAAGUCAUGGACCCGAUGUUCAGGCAAUUAGCCAAGAGCGUCUCGUCCCCGCACUUUCAGGUGGCCGAGAGGGCUCUCUACUAUUGGAACAACGAAUACAUAUUGUCCCUGAUCUCGGACAAUUAUCACGUCAUCCUGCCGAUCAUGUAUCCCGCUCUGUACAGGAACUCCCGCGGUCAUUGGAACAAGACCAUUCAUGGGCUUAUUUAUAACGCGCUGAAGCUUUUCAUGGAGAUGAACCAGAAACUUUUCGACCACUGCGCCCAACAGUACUAUCAGGAUCGGCAGAAGGAACGCAAGCUCUUGAAAGACAGAGACGAGGCAUGGGUUCGCGUGGAAGCUUUAGCCAUGAGGCACCCUAAUUACCAGGCCGCUAACAAAUCUAUGGCCAAUCAGUCUUACUCACUGCCACAACAUCUGGAUAGUCCUCUGCCGGACGAGGAUGGCGACCAAAGUCCUCUUACCUUGGAAAAGAUAGAAGCCAAGGCUAACGAGGCAAAGAAGAUGACCACGAACACGACGAAGCCGCUGCUUAGAAGGAAAAGCGAGUUGCCGCAGGACGCAUACACGAUGCGAGCUCUCUCCGACCACAAACGCGCCGACGAGUUCCUCGUGACGCCACCAGACCCGAACAAGUGCUAGUCCCUGUCUCGCUCCCUUCUGAUCUACGCGCUGCUUUGCCGUAGUAAUGCCAGCAGUUAGAGUUCGUCCUGGUCGAGGAGAACGGCGACCACGUAGGACGUCGUCGCCGGGAGAAAACGGGAUCUUCUCGCGGCUGGACGAACGCAGAUCAGGUCCGAAGCGAAGAGAGAUAGGAAGGAUUCUCGCAGGGCACAGAGGAAGCCGCUAGAUUCAGAAACGCGUGCCGCCUCCGUUAGAACUCCGCUUAGCGAGAAAAAGGGACAACGUCCUUGUCCCUCCUGCUUUUCCACCGCAUAAGAUACACCCGGGCACCGCGUGGUCCCGAAGAGAACGGUCGAGGUCGGUGCCCAGGAGCCGGCGAUUCCCGAUCGGGAGCAUGUAGGUCGUCGACGUCGGUCCACUAGAUCGGAAUAGAUGACGAGAGAACAAGAGGAGCGGAACUCGAAGAGGGAAGGAGAGGGCUAGGACUUUGACGAAGGAAUCCUUCCGAUGGGAGGAGACGUUCCAUUAAAGGUUCGAGAUAUCCCGGCGGAGGUUUAAAGUCGCGGAGAAAUUGAUGACUACCCGGGGGGUCGGAAGGUCGAAGCCUCGCGGUCACUGUUGCGCCAUUAAGGCGAUAUGAAAGGGUCGUUCUAUGUACCAAAAGGGUGAAAAUAUUUAUACGACUUUUCUCCAAACUGGGCGCACCGUAUCCUUUGAAACUUGAGCACUAGAGUAUGAAGGCCCUAAGGAAGAACGCGAAUGCCUGGGAUAUUUCAUUUUUCAAAGGAAUUUCCCUGUGAGCCUGGAUUAGAACCAAGAACGGGCUUUUUUGUGAAAGAUCAGAUCUCACGAGCAUCGCGCUCUUCUUUUUGGUCUCCCCAUAAUCAGGCGUUAAUGUUUCAUAUGACUCGGUGCACCCAGGUUGGGAGAACGUAUUUAUUAAUACUUUAACGCGUUGUAUAUGUAGAAUGACUCUUUCAUAACGCCGUUAAAUGUUCGAACGAGCCAAAUAUUCGUAACUCGCCGUACUCUGCUGAUGGUGUAACGCGGAUGUUCGUUGAAAGCGAUGCAUCUCGUCGGCGUUGCACGCGAGUCGGUUGCGCGGAACCAGGGAAUUCAAAAGUUACGUAGAAACCCCAGGUCCUGUAUUAGCGGUUGAUGUUCUAAAAGUUGGCGAAGAAACGAGGAGUGCGGGUAAAAGAGAGAUAACAUAGUACUGUGUGUAAGAUAACGAGAGAAUACAAUCCGUUAUAUAUUGCCCUACGGUUAAAGGGGAUCGAGAGAUGAUUACAGCGCCGCCAUCCGUUGGCUAUAGUACUAUUUGUCAUGCACCAAACGUCCGUAUCCUUCUGGGCUUCUAUGGAGACUUCUGAAUUCUCUACUUCUGACUUCUCUACGUGAGUCUUCGGUCGAGUACGAAGUUGCAUGUUGCUUUAUCAAAAAUGUAUCCGACGUUUAGGUACAGCGUUAGACUCGAUUUCACCGUACUGUUAAUUUACUCGGUCCUAAGGCUACGAGAUGGAGAGAUUUUUACGCGCUCACGGUCGAAACGGGAAGAACACGUAGCAAAGAGAAUUAAUAAAGAGAAGAAAAGAAACGAGGGAAAGAGAAAAAGAAAGAAUAUGAGUCUUCGUGCUGCUGGCAGGCUGUUACGUUAAUAUUACCGAUAUACAUUGUUGAAGAUAAAGUAUUGAUAAGCUCCUUAUAUAAAAUAUUACAAAUUAAAGCUAUACAUUAAAUCAACUAUGAUAAUGAUUUACUUAUUCCUCCCGCGGGAACGGCCAUUUCUGCCGAAGUUGAUUACUCGUAGGACUAGCGUUGAUUUAUUUCAUUACUAUCGCUAGCGCCGUUUAAUGCCUGAUUCCACCAACCUCGGUCAAAUAGCUAAUCCUCGGUUACAACUAGUUACACGUUCCGCCACAUCUUUAACGACGGGUUAAUUUCCAUUAACUGUCGAUUAGAUUAACCAGCCAAAUUCGGUCGUUUAGCUUAGGUUAAUCCAACUUCAACCGCGAGGAAAACAUGAAUUAGAAUAAUUGAAGUUAACUUUAACCUACGGGUAGGUAAUCGAUGAUUUAACCGAGGUCGGUGGAGCCGGGCAUAAGUAUUAUUGCAGAAGUGAGCACCGAGGCAGCUACGGCGUUUAAACCUGCAGCUACUACCGACGUGCAUUAAAAAAAAAGUGCAUUAAAAUUACGCAUCGCAUUUUUCUAGUAUUAUAAUCGAAAGACGGAUUACUUGUGUAAGACUCGGUUAAUCGACUGUCUCCGUCGUAGUUCGACAGUAGCAUCGAACGAAAGCAAAUGCGAGCUAAUGCAAAUCGUAGACUUAGGGGAGGUCAGGUCACCCUAGAGCUGCCUGUUGUUUUAUAUUUAAUAUUACGUGUAGAUAAUCGCGUGAUUGUUUUUUAUAGACCCAGGUCUACUCUCCCGAGCGAGGAAAACGAUAUUCGAAGCUGCGUGGAUCGUUAUCGAGCAUCCAAAUAUAUGGGGAAAGAAUGGGGAGAGGAAUCUUUUAAAUUCGGGCCUUCGCAAACGUGAAAUGGAAUUUGCUGUGCUCUCCUGCCAAGGGAAAAAAUUAAAUAUAUAAAUAUAAAUAUAAAUAUAUAUAUACAUAGGCUCUCCAUCUAUUAACGUGCUACAAUGAUUAUCCGAAAGCUGUAAUUAUUUUCGCUGCUGUAAAUAUUUUGUAAAUAAUAUACCCGCGUUUCUAUCAGGCUUAUCACUUCGAGGAAGGGAUGCUAACGAAAUAGUAUAUUCGAUAUGUUUUCUUCGUGACUCUUCUCGAUGUGGUUCACUUAACCUUAAACGCUCGGCGCAUACCACGGAUUAAAUAACGUAUCGCUGUGCUAGAUAUAUAUAUUUUUUUAAACUACUCGUGCUUCUUUUAUAUAAUCUCGCGAGAUAGAUCUUAUUGGUUGCACAAAUUAGUCAGCCGGAACUGGAGUAGAUCGUCAGUCUUUGCCUCGGAGUUAUCAUCGUUACUUCGUGAUGCUGUGCAUACAGACACCGUCUUGAUAUGCUCAUCGGAGCAGUUGAUAUAUAUAAAAUUUAUCACAGUUUAUAGUUUGGCAGAUAAAGUUACAGUAUUAUGCGAUGUCCGUGCCGAAAUAUCUGAAUCGUUAACAACGGUAAAUGUUGAAUGCUAUGCGGAACAUACAUAUUUUUAAGCAAAAAUAAGAGUCCUACUCUGGUCAUACUUGUAAAUUACUUUAACUUUUUCCCUCCUUGAGUAUCGAAACACUCCCAUAUACGAUAGUAUAUUCCGUCUGUAAUAUGUUGAAAGCGUAGUUUUAUAGCGAAUAAAGCAUUGCUACAAAGUUUA